GAAAAGACUGAAGUAAUUGGUUCUUCAGGUUUGACAGUGACUGCUGUGAAGGACUUUGGAGAGUGGAACUUGGAAGCUGGAGCACUGGUGCUUGCAGAUGGAGGCCUUUGUUGCAUUGACGAGUUCAAUAGUAUCAAAGAACAUGACAGAACCAGUAUCCAUGAAGCAAUGGAGCAGCAAACCAUCAGUGUUGCAAAGGCAGGCUUGGUGUGCAAGCUUAAUACAAGGACAACUAUCCUGGCAGCAACAAACCCAAAAGGCCAUUAUGACCCGAAUGAGUCUGUCUCUGUCAAUAUAGCUCUUGGCAGUCCCCUGUUGAGCAGAUUUGACCUGGUCUUAGUAUUGUUAGAUACAAAGAACGAGGAAUGGGACCGCAUCAUUUCAUCCUUCAUCUUGCAAAACAAAGGCUGCCCAAGCAAAUCAGAAAAGCUCUGGAGCAUGGAAAAGAUGAAGACUUACUUCUGCCUUAUAAAAAGUAUCCAGCCAAAACUGUCUGAUGAGAGCAACCUGGUCCUGGUCCGCUACUAUCAGAUGCAGCGUCAGAGUGACUGCAGGAACGCCGCCCGAACCACCAUCCGCUUGCUGGAGAGCUUGAUACGCCUUGCAGAAGCUCAUGCCCGGUUGAUGUUUAGGGAUAUUGUCACUUUGGAAGAUGCUGUAACUGUGGUAUCGGUGAUGGAAUCUUCUAUGCAGGGGGGUGCACUUCUCGGGGGCAUCAAUGCCCUGCACACCUCGUUCCCAGAGGAUCCGCUGGCGCAAUACCGAACGCAGUGCGAGCUUGUGCUGGAGCGGCUGGAGCUGCAAAGUCUUCUGCAUAAAGAGCUACAGAGACUUGACAGAUUACAAAAGGAAAAUUCAUGCCAGCUGCAGCCUGAAGAGACAAAUUCCAGUACUACAACAAGAUGCCUGAACAAGGAUACAUUUGGGCAGUCAGAGCAAAUGUCUCAGUCAGAACCUUCAAAUGAGCAAGAGAAUAACUCCAGGCUGCAGCCUCCUUUGCCUGAAGACAGCUGUGAAGGGGAUCUGCAUCUAGAAGCCUUGUGCAAGCCAGCACGUGGUAAUAACAAAAAUACAAAACAUUUAAGUAAGCAUAGUAAGAGAGGUGAUGAUGGCAGCCUGGUGUGGUUUGACAACCUGGAAGAGAGUAACACUGAUGCUGAAGAAACUUUACGGAAAAAAUCUCCGGUGCCCAAGAUAUCUCCAAAUAACGUGGCUUCAAAAACCCUGUGUAAAACAUCCUGUUCUGAAGAUAGGAGUUCUCCAGUACCAGGGAAGGGAAAUGGGGUGAGAGAGACACGAGCAACUGUGAAGCUACAUGCUCCACUGGAUCAGGGCAAAGUUUCCAAGAUGAGCAGGAAAAGGACUGAAGAACAAAACUGUUUUUCUUCAGAAGCAAGUACUCAAGACCCAGUGUCGCCAAGUGCUAGUGUGCAGGAUUCAGUUAUUACACAACAGGUUUCUAGAAGGUGGCAGAAACUGCACACAGAGAGAUCACGUGGGUUCUUUACAAGUACGCAGGACCCUGAGGCUUUAGUAUUAGCUGCCUCUGGCCUGUCAGAUCUUUCAAGUGAUGCAGAUUCUGCGCUAGGGGAGGAAAAGAACAAUGUAUCGAUAGCAGCAAAAACUGCAACAAUUUCAAUGAGAAAACGAAGUAAAGGUCAGGUAGUGAAGGAAACAAAGGUAUUAAGUUCCCAUGAGCCAGAAAUCUGUGACAAUGAAAGUCCUCCAGCAGCUAAACUAGCUAAAUUUUCUUUCAGACCAAGGACAAAACUUGAUAGUUCUUCAGAGAAGAAAAAUAAAAAAUCAUCUUUUUUUCAGAGUGAAACUAUUUUUAAUCCUGGAGAGCUGCUCCAGGGAGAGCAGCUGCCAGAAGAAUGCUGCCCUCCUGAGAAACGCAAGAUGACAUUGACUUGCUUAGGAAAAAAAAGUUUGGAAAAACAACCAAUUGAUAAUAAAGGGAGAGAAGAGCAACAGAGUCAGGCUGUAGGGAAGGAGAUCAGAGGAAGUGCAACGUUAUGCUCUGAUGCCAGUUUUGGUGCUGUGUCAUCUCCACUCACUGAAAAGAAAAAGGAGGGAGAGAAGCUUGGUGGCCCAAGCCCAGGGAAGGUGCGCUCCAGCACAUUAGCCAAACUGUCAUCAUUCUCCUUCACAUCACGUCCCGAGUCAAAAUUGGAAAACCCACCUGCCAUUAAGAUUGACGCCAAGAAGGAAAGCCAUAGCCCAUUGCUGAAGGCACAUGUGAGCAAUCCUGGCAGGAGGAAGAGUUUUGCCUUGGGGAAUGCUAGUAAAGUCAGUGUGGUCACACAGAAAUCUCUCUUCUCGCUAGCAGAGCUAGAUGAUGCUACAUUAGAUUUUGAUUGGGACGAAGAGGUUAGGAAAAAUCCAAGCACAUAA